CUCAAGGGGAGGUUCUCUCUGAGCGCCAGGGGCAGCUGGGCAGGAGAGCAGCUGGGUGAGGACUUGGGGUCUGUGGGGCUCACUCUGGGACACAAGCUCCAGAUCAGGGUUUGGGAAGAAAGCUGGGCUGCUUCCCACUUGCAGUCCAGCCACAGACUGAGCAAACUCUGAAAGGUGGUCCCUUCUUUCGUUGCCUUUCAUCUCUCCAGUGUUGUCCAGUGGAUUAUCUGGCUUGAUUCUAAGGACUUCCGCCAAAAAUCACACAUCCCACUCCCAACUUUCCUAUUUGCUCUGAGAAGUCAGGAAAAAGGCCCCUUGGAAGAUCCUAUCUGCGGGACCUCCCAGCUGCUUUCAUCCCCUCCCACCCCACAUCCUAACUCCAAGGGGCCCCAGGAUGCAGGCCCUCGUGCUUCUCCUCUGGACUGGAGCCCUCCUCGCGCACAGCAGCUGCCAGGACAGCGCGGGCAGCCCCCAGGACUCCCCAGACCCCGACACCACAGGGGUGCCCGUGGAAGAGGAGGACCCCUUCUUCAAGGUCCCUGUGAAUAAGCUAGCAGCGGCCAUCUCCAACUUUGGGUAUGACCUGUACCGCGUGAGGUCCAGCCUCAGCCCAGCUGCCAACGUGCUGCUAUCCCCACUCAGUGUGGCUACCGCUCUCUCCGCACUCUCGCUGGGAGCGGAACAGCGGACAGAAUCCACCAUCCACCGGGCCCUCUACUACGACCUGAUCAGCAACCCGGACAUCCAUGGCACCUAUAAGGAGCUCCUUGCUGCCAUCACUGCCCCCGAGAAGAACUUCAAGAGUGCUUCCCGGAUCAUCUUUGAAAGGAAGCUGCGGAUAAAAUCCAGCUUUGUCACACCGCUGGAGAAGUCCUAUGGCACCAGGCCCAGAAUCCUGACCGGCAACCCUCGCUUGGACCUUCAGGAGGUUAACAACUGGGUGCAGGCCCAGAUGAAAGGGAAAAUCGCUAGGUCCACCCAGGAAAUACCCAGUGGAGUCAGCAUUCUCCUCCUCGGUGUGGCUCACUUCAAGGGGCAGUGGGUAACAAAGUUUGACUCCAGAAAGACUUCCCUUCAGGAUUUCCACUUGGAUGAGGAGAGGACUGUGAGAGUCCCCAUGAUGUCAGACCCUAAGGCCAUCUUACGCUAUGGCUUGGACUCUGAUCUCAACUGCAAGAUUGCCCAGCUGCCCCUGACUGGCAGCAUGAGUAUCAUCUUCUUCCUGCCUCUGAAAGUAACCCAGAACUUGACCAUGAUAGAAGAGAGCCUCACCUCUGAGUUCAUUCAUGACAUAGACCGAGAACUGAAGACUAUUCAGGCAGUCCUGACCAUCCCCAAGCUGAAGCUGAGUUACGAAGGCGAAGUCACUAAGUCCCUGCAGGAGAUGAAACUGCAAUCCUUGUUUGAUUCGCCCGACUUUAGCAAGAUCACAGGCAAACCUAUUAAACUUACCCAAGUGGAACAUCGAUCUGGCUUCGAGUGGAACGAGGAUGGGGCAGGCACCGCACCCAGCCCAGGACUCCAGCCUGCCCACCUCACCUUUCCCCUGGACUAUCACCUUAACCAACCUUUCAUCUUUGUACUGAGAGACACAGACACGGGGGCCCUUCUCUUCAUAGGCAAAAUUCUGGACCCCAGGGGCAUUUAACGGUGCAGUUUCACAUUCAAAUACCCUGGAGGAACAAAACCCUCAAGGGAUGGCAGAUUACAUAUGACAGGAAGCCUGCCCCCAUGUUGUUUCAGUGUAUACUUUGCAAUAAAGUGCUUUAUCCUUAA